AUGAAAACCCAACCUGAAACAGCUAAGUCAGCGAUUCCCGAGCAACUCGUCAGGGUACGAACCUCCUAUCCCUGCAUGACUUACGGCACCGAUGAAGCAAUCAUGUCUACGUCGUCCCCAUCGGAAGCUCUGGGAAUAAGGUCACUUCGACAUCGGUCUCAGAGGGCUGACUUUCCAGAGGUUAUCUUCCUGCCUGACUUUGACCUCACUCCGGAUCCUAGUCAACAAGUUCCAGAUCACAGCGUUAUAGACGAAAGCGAAUUCGCUCUACUGAAUGACAGAAAGCGACUUCGAGAUGCCACAGAAGCAGUGGACAUGUACGAUCCAGGGAUCAGCAAGAUCAGGAUGAAACCUGAUAUCCUCACAUUUUACCGCACACCUGGGGCGUUCAAGUUCUGUCGACGUAUCAGCAACAGUCCUUCAGUUGACUAUUUCCACGCAAGUAAUCGUGGGUCGCCUCUUCCGGAGAACAUUGUUGUUGAAAUACUCUCCUACCUCAACAAAAGAGACUUGUGCAAUGCUAUGGCGACGUGCAAACUCCUUUACUCUUCUGGAGCACGUUGUCGAACCUGGGAGCACGUGGAUUUGUUCAACCGCACUGUUUUCAAUCACUCCCUUAUUUGCUUUCUUAAUAGGCGACUCAAAGUCAUCCGUAUGGCUGAUACCAAUGUGGAAGACUGGCCCUUUCGUUCCUCGAUUUCCGGUGUUUCUUUGGAAUACCCAUUAAUUCUAACUCAUCUGGAUCUUAGUCGAGCAGUGUUUUCUGAUCGGAGUCUCUUGCUUAGGAUAAUUAGAGGGUGCACACGUCUGCAGGCUCUUUCCAUGGAGGGACAGGAUAUGGGUGAAGAUGGUGUUGAAAUUUGCAUCUCAAUAGGAAAAAAUCAUGCGUUAACUCAUCUUGACUUGUCCAUGACCGUAGGUGUUACUGCAUCUGCCGCACAAGAAAUAUGUUUGGGGUGUACAGCUAUUCAGCAUCUAAAUCUGUCUUGGAGUAGUUUGGAUCGGGAUACUGUGCUUAUGUUCUGUUCAAAUCUCGCAGAAAGUGUAACGAGGUUAAACAUGGCUGGUUCACUGAACAAGUCAUCUUUAGAUGAUGAUGCUGUCGAAAGGCUUGUGAUAUGUUGUCCGAAUCUGAAGGAGUUAGAUCUGUCAGAUAACGUAAACAUAACAGAGAGAGGUCUGCAGUUUAUUAUAUCCCUGCAUCAACUUGAGUCACUCUCCCUGAACAGAUGCUAUGGAAUUCAGCCUAUGAACUUUUUGAUGUGUGGUCAUCUGCACGCUUUGAACGUCUUCGGGUGCGUUACUGAUUCUGGUUUAGCAGCAUUGAAGAAUGGACUGAGCGAAACAGAGGUUAAUGGAGCCGUCUUCAACUACAUCGCUAAGCCCACUAUUCCUCCAGCUAUAACAAGCAUAUGGGGUCAACGUACAAAGGAUUUUUAUUAA